CCUCCCGGACGUCAAGAAGCGCUUGGAAGAGUGGAGCAUCUUCGCCAUGUUGGCGAUCUUUGUGGCCUCCUGAUUACUUCUUAUGUUGACUUCCUACUUCCUACCUGGCAGCCAACGAUGAACGACAGCCGGUUGGCCCCAGACGAAGACGUGGACUACGGGGUGGCCCCGGAGGACGUCCCGGACACCACGCGGGGCCCCGCCUUCUUGGCGGCCAGCGUGGUGAUCGCGGCGGUCCUGCUGUGCAUCAUGGCGGUGUGCGGCGUGGGCAACUGCGCCUUCAUCGCCGGGCUGGUGCGCCACAGGAAGCUGCGCAGCCUGACCAACCUGCUGAUGGCCAACCUGGCGCUGUCCGACGUGCUGGUGGCGGCGCUCUGCUGCCCCCUGCUGCUGGACUAUUACGUCCUCAAGCGGCUGUCCUGGGACCACGGCCUCCUCAUGUGCGGCGCCGUCAACUACCUGCGCACGCUCUCGCUCCACGUGUCCACCAACGCCCUGCUGGCCAUCGCCGUGGACAGGUACCUGGCCAUCGUGCACCCUCUGAGACCUCGCAUGAAGCGCCAGACGGCGUAUUGCGUCAUGGCCGCCGUCUGGGCGCUGCCCGUCCUGAUCGCCAUCCCCUCGGCCGUCAUGUCGUCAGAGACCGCCUACCCCAGCCUGGGGGGCGGAGCCUCCAAGAUCUUCUGCGCCCAGAUCUGGCCGGCGGAGCAGCAGGUGUGGUACCCCUCCUACUUCCUGCUGGUGUUGGCGGUGGAGUUCCUGGGCCCGGUGGGCGUCAUGGCCGUCUGCUACGUGCGCAUCUCCGCCGAGUUGUGGUUCAAAGACCUUCCCGGCGUCCAGACCCAGCAGAUCCGUAAACGUCUGCGGAAGCGGCGCAGGACGGUAGUGGUUCUGAUCCUGGUCCUGGUGGCCUACGUGCUGUGCUGGACUCCGUACUACAGCUUCGCCCUGCUGCGGGACUUCUACCCCAGCCUCAUCUCGGGGGACCGGAACUCCCUGCUGGUCUUCUACGUCAUUGAGUGCGUGGCCAUGAGCAACGGCGUCAUCAACACGCUGUGCUUCGUCGGCGUCAGACGCCGCGCCCAAAGACCCCGCGGGCCGGCCCGCUUCCCGCUGGUCUCCUUCUUGGCCCGCAAGUCCAUGGACGGGGCUGAGGCUCGCACGUCCUCGCUCAGGGUGACCGAGGACGCGGGGGGAGUCCGGUCCGUCUAGGACUCCAGCUACUGAUCUUAGCGAGGUCCCGAGGUCUCCACGCCGUUCUGGACUCGAACCAGCUGAGACGAGGCUGCCCGUCUCCAUGGCGACCAAGCCGAGGUCUUCAUGGGACUCUCUCAGAACUUUUUAGGUCUUUGGACACGCCCCGGUCCACUCAGGUGGAGCACACGGAGGUGGUCCUCGUGAGGUCCAGGUGUCAUCUAAUGCUAGCAUUAGUCUCGUCAAGGUGACGCUGAAGGUCAGGUGAGCGAGUGGGCGGGGCUUUACACACAGAAAUUAUGAUGCAACUGCCAGCCGACCACCUCGCCAUCACUGGGCGGUCUUUGAGUCAGUGGGGAUCAAUACUACCGCUGAUCAAUCAAUACUAUCAAUGACAUAUCAAAGUACAGAUGACGAUCCAUACUAUCACCGAUCAAUCAGUAGUAUCACUGAUCAAUCAGUAGUAUCACUGAUCAAUCAGUAUUAUGACCAAUCAAUACUAUCGCUGACCAAUCAAUGACAGAUCAAUCGUAUCAACAACCAAUUAAUAGUGUCAAUGAUGGAUUAAUACUAUCAAGAAUCAGUCAAUAUUAUCGAUGACAAAUCAAUAAUUUCAUUAACGAAUCAUUAAUAUUAAUGACCAAACAAUACAUGGAUGACAGAUCAAUAAUAUCCUGUCAAUGUUCAUCACUUCCUGUCAAUGUUCAAUUAUUCAUCCAUCACUUCCUGUCAAUGUUCAAUUAGUCGUCCAUCACUUCCUGUCAAUAUUCAAUUAUUCGUCCAUCACUUCCUGUCAAUAUUCAAUUAGUCGUCCAUCACUUCCUGUCAAUAUUCAAUUAGUCAUCCAUCACUUCCUGUCAAUAUUCAAUUAGCCGUCCAUCACUUCCUGUCAAUGUUCAAUUAGUCGUCCAUCACUUCCUGUCAAUGUUCAAUUAGUCGUCCACCACUUCCUGUCAAUGUUCAAUUAGUCGUCCAUCACUUCCUGUCAAUGUUCAAUUAGUCGUCCACCACUUCCUGUCAAUGUUCAAUUAGUCGUCCACCACUUCCUGUCAAUGUUCAAUUAGUCGUCCAUCACUUCCUGUCAAUGUUCAAUUAGUUGUCCACGCUUCCGUCAGUCUACCCCAAGGCAGCUGUGGCUAUGAAAGUAGCUUACCACCACCAGGUGUGA